AUGCCAUGUUUCAAAGGCAUUGCGGUCAGCGUACACGCUGAAGGUGCUCCGCUACCAGAAUAUUCUGUACAAAAGCAAUCAAGGGUGUCACGCGUUAGUACAUACAUUCCAGUACCAAGACCAGUGAUCCCACAAAAUUCGGACAGGCUUGAACCUUCCAAAUUCGCUAUUUCAAUUACCCUACUUACUCCUGGUAUUCCUAUACCUUAUUCUCAACCAAAGCCAUCGCUUGAAAAUCCUCACCCAUCUCCUCAAAUGGUUGCUGGGUCGCCGAGAGCCAACGGAUCAGGAAGAAACGUUGCUGGGGUGAUCGGACCUUAUAUACCUACCUCAAACUCCGAAAACGAAACUAUCGCUGCUUACAUUUACUUUGAUGGCCGAGUAAAAGAAGAAGUCGCAACUCUGCUAAGACCUGGGGAAGAAACUUGGGUAAAUUCCCGCUGGGUUCAAUUGCCAGAUUCUGAGGGUGGUGGCCUAGCCGAAAGAGAAUUUUUGUUCCGUGAAGUUGGGCUAGAGAGGUGGUUAAAUGGUUUGGAUUUGGAUGGUCAUGGCGCCGCUGCCAAAAUUGAGAAACGUAGACAAAAAUUUGAGAAACGCCGGAGACGUCGGAGAGCUGAAGCUUGCAUGAUUGAUGAGUUUGCGGAAGCGACCCCUCGCAGAACAGAUGGCCAGGGUAUUCUGCGAUACGGCGAUGAUGAAAAAUCGCCAAUUGAACAGAUUUCUGACGAUAAUUACAGCGAUGGUUCCAACUCAGAAGACGAAAUCCCACACGAGACCGCCGGACAAAUCAAGAUUGCUAUGUUUCGCGUUGUUGCAUCUGGUGAGAUCAAGAAAGGGGAAUACUCUCCACAGUUUGGUGCAAACGACAGCGACGAGGAGGGCGAAAGCAAUAAUACCGAAGAGGGCGAUAUAGAUCAUACAACUAGCUUCGCUAAGCCCAAGAUCUUAGAUCCAAAGACGGUCAGCACUCAAACUGUCACAGGUAUCGACGGACCCGAUAACCCAUUUGCUGUCUUUACUUUCUUUUAUCGGGGAGAACGUCAGCUUGAAAAAAUGGGCAUAUUGUCACAAAAACGCCCAAAAAGUAUCUCUGACUCUAGUAAGCGCAGGUCAACUCUGCUAGAUCUUUCAAGCCUAGCCCCAUUGAAGCCAGGCGGGACUGUGGGUUUCUCAUCGUUCAGAGAGCGAAAACCCUCAUCGAAGCUAGAUAAAACAAGUAAAAAUAGCAGGCGCAGUUUCUCUGGCUCUUUAGACAGUGAUGAUAAUGAUGACGGUGGUGAUGAAGAUCAAAAACCCAACAAAGUUAUAGUAAAAUCUGAUAUUGAUGAAGAGAAAGAAUCGAGCUCUCUGUUAACACAUGACUAUCUUAAAUCUACCGGAGAAAUGAUCGAUGGAUUCGGGCGCAUAAAGCUUAAGCGUCAACAUUCAGUUGAACCAAACGACUCUACAGCUCGACCAUCUCCUGCAUCUGCAAGUACCAAAUCAGUUGACGGUUCGCCACCCUCUGAUCUUAACUCAAAAUUAGAGUAUUUGAAAACAAAUCCAAGCAGUCUCUUCGGAAGUUGUCUUCCUGACGAGUCUGUAGUAGGUAGUCCUUUGAAAAAACAUAGGGCUAGUCUUUAUAGUAUUGACUCGGAAAUAUAUCGUAAUCAACUGGCCCAUGGCGUCAAAGGCUCCGGUAGUGAUAAUAAGGCCGCAACUGAGGUGAUGCCAGAACCACUUCCAUCCAUAGCUACCGGAAUGGAAGAAGAAGAGCUUUAG